AAUCCAAUUCCCGAUCAGUCCGAUUCGAAGCUUCUUCCACCGCAAUGCCAACUCCAGCAAAACAUCACGACCAUAAACACAGAAGGAAGGGCAAGGACCGCAAGCGCAAACUCCUUGCUGGUUCCCCUCCCGGGACCUCUAAAAAAGCCCGUACCAUCACUACCACUACCGCCACUUCUUCUUCCUCAAAACGCCACAAUAAUGCCUCCUCCUCUGCCUCCGCCGUGACCGAUUCGCCCGCAGGCAAAACCCCCUACCACGCAAUAGGGGCGAGCCUCUACCUAACACUCUCCCCCAAAUACUCGUACAGGACUACCCAAUCCCCACACACAACCCCACUCUCAGGCAUACAAAAGGAUCACCUGGACCCGCUGCUAAUGUCCUAUUUCGAGCCCGUUAACGGGGUCGUGCUCGCCUAUCGGAAUGUAGAAUUCGAAAGCGAUUGCGCUAGGAUCGUGGGUGAGUCGCCGUUUGCCCAUGUUUGGGUCUUUGUCGAGUUUCUGGUUUGGCGGCCAUUGAAGGGGAUGCUGCUGAAGGGGUGGGUCAAUAUGGCGGGGGCUAGUCAUGUGGGGCUGCUUGUCGAGAAUACGUGGAAUGUGGCCAUUCCUAGGGAAAGGAUUCCGGAGGGGUGGAGGUGGGUUGAGGGGGCGGGGGUGGAGGUGGGAGUGGUGGCAGAUAUUGAAGAGGGCACAGGGGCGGAUGGGGGAUAUUGGGUGGAUGGGGACGGCAAGAAGAUAGAAGCCUUCAGGAAGUUUAGAGUUGAAGCGGUGAAGGCAAUGGGCCAUAUGGUGUCCAUGGAGGGGAGUUUGUUAGGGGUCAAUAAACCAGAGAAGAUGCCCCGAAGGGAACGAGCCAAAUAAAUGACUGGGAACGUUCUGUACAUCUGCGCUACGAGAUGUGGAUCACAUUGAUAAUUUUCUCUCCUCUCUAUAUAUUUAUUUGUGUGUGUAUGUGUCAACCUGAUUUCAUUCU